AUGCCCCUGCUGCUGUUCCUCGGCCUCGGCGCUGCCGUGGCGCUCUUUGCUGGGCUGCUUAUCACCAGCGGGAGUGUGCCAGCGAGGGCACAGCUCGUCCGAGCAGGCGGGGAGGCGAAGCAAGGGAGCCUGGAGCUUCAGGGCUCCAGCGACUGGGACUUCUCAUCUUCUGGUGUCUUUUCCGGGCUGAAGAUUGACCCUGAUACUCUAGUAAAGAAGCUUGACUUGGACUCCAGAAGCAUCAUUUCCUCCAGAACAGGUCUAGAAGGAAAAACAGUUCUUUCCAAAAAAGAAAAAAUGAAGCUGAGGAAAGAACGAUGGCUACAGAAAAUAGAAAGUGUGAAGCUAGCCAAGCAGAAGCAAAAUGCCGAAGCAAAGCGGAAAGCAACACCUGUGGUGGGAGACAUGCAGCCGUUGAUGGAAGCCCUACCUGAGCUGUCCGACCUGACCACAAGUUGCAGGGACAGGAAGCCACCCAAGAGCCAUGUAAAAGCAAAGGCAGAACCAGCAGACUUCUGUCUGAUGAAACAAGCUCAAAAACGCCGGCUUUUAGAGGAGGAAGUGGCUCGGUUUCACGCGGUCAUCACCAAUCCCAGUUACAGAGCCAACCCCCUCAUGGCCAUCAGUGAGCAUCUCUCCAAGAGGCUGAGGCAGGAGGAAGAAGGUAAACCCCUCUAG